UUAGAUUGAACCGGAGCACCAGGCUUACAGUAGAUCCUCCACACCCUAAACUUCUCCUCUCUCCCUAGGUUGUGCGAUUCUGAUUCAGAAGAGUGUUUAUCCUAUGUCCAUUCUAUAAUCUGCUGUAAAAUUAAUAAUCAUCAAUAAACCCUAUUGAUUUGUAUUCUGAGAUUUUGAAACUUUGUUUUAGGGUUUAGAAAAAGAGCGAUGGUGUUCAAAAACAGGUACUUGGUGAUGGAGGUUUUUAUGAACCCUAAUAGAGACCAAGCAUCGGGUGAUUCUAUUAUAAUAACCCAAUUUAAUGUCUCUAAUGCUAUAAAAGAUAGCAUCUUGGUGAAUUUUGGGGAGUGUGGUUUGGCUGCAUCACUCGGAUCAUUUCAAGUUAAGUAUGUGAAUCCAAUCACUAAUGUGUGCAUAAUUAGAGCUUCCAGAGAGGAGCAUGAAAAAGUAUGGGCUUCUAUUACAUUGGUUAGAAGUAUUGGAAAUUUCCCAGUGGUGUUUAAUUUGCUUGAUUUGUCUGGAAAUUUACAGGCUUCUAAAACUGCUGCGUUAAAGUGCGAAAAAGCAAAAUUUGAGCAGUACAAACUUAUGGUUGGUGAUCGAUUAUCAGCUGACGAUACUCAUCGUAUGAAUAAUCAUCUCGCAAAGAUUGAACUUUUGGAGCACUGAAUACUUGGCCAUCAUCAAAGGCCUCUCAACCUUCUCAGCUUCAAGUGAUACGUCUGUAUUCAGUCCCAAAUUGCCCAUCAUUCGGGAAGUUUAAUUUAAAUCUCUAUUUAUAAUCAUAAUAUUAAUUUUAUCUAUGCUAGUUCUGUGCAUACCCUCUUACAGAAGAUAGAUGUGCAUUGUGGUUUUACUAGCAUAGGGUAUAGUUACACAGCUUUAACCAUGAGUGAAGAGGCUUGUGAAAUGUGGAAAUUUGCACUUUUGUUUGAUUUUAGAGUUGCAAAGCCAUUGUAGUUUAUUUUUUACUUUUGAGUGUGCAGCUAGUUUCUUUUAUUUCUUCACUUCAGUUUUCUCGAAUCUUUAGGAAGUGAUGCAAUGUAACUUUAGCAUUUAUACCAAUUUCAAACAGUGUUGGUUAUUCUUAAUAUCACUUAUCAAAUGAAACUUUUAUUUUUCUCA